AUGACAUUUCUCGAACAUAAGCAAUUGCCAAUGGGUCAAGGAAAAUAUCCGGUAUCUCCGUUCAUAUCGACGUCGGCCGACCGGAAUUACCUUGUGAAUUAUCUCAUAUCCAAAAGCAGACGAGCCCCCGGCAUCCGCUACGUCUACCAUAUCAACACCAAAGGGAUCGAGAGGAAUUUCUUCGACGCCAACAAGAAGCUCAGCGGCAAGGCCGACCCUGAAACCUUGUCGCGGUUCGCGAACCAGAAGGAAUUCGGAACAACAAAGCAGAUCCCUUGGGGAAACAUUGAAGGAUGGGACACGGUUUUUGGUGAUGGUUCGGUGUACUACAUCUCCAAAGUUGCUUGGCUCUCUGACAUGGCGACAAGAGGAAAGCAAGUAUCACCGUCCCUGCCCAAGCGUCCGAUGUUCAACGACGCUUAUUAUGUCGGGCCCCCCGCCAACACUCUUCCUUAUCCUCCGCAGUAG